UCGCCUGCCCUUAUUUACAUGUAAUCAUAUGAAUGAACAUGGUUCCGUACGUGGCAUGCAUAUUAUAGUACUAUAGUAACAUAUGCAUGGUGAAAGCGAAAGGAAGUGGUGGCGAGUAACUUGAGAAGAGCAUGUUAGCUGCUUUCGUGCAUGUCAAGGGAUGAAUUUAUAGAUUCCCAUCCCCACACAGACACAGCCAGACCCGAGGCAACUGACAAUAAACUCAGGCCGACCGGCUGCCAAAGGGCCUCCCAUCCAUCCUGGCCGCUGUUGCAUUCGACGCUGAUGCCGAUGCCGAUGUCGAUGCCGAUGCCGAGGACGGUAUCGUCGGGAUAACCAGCCAGUGGGCAGGCAGCGUGCGCUCUCCAUGCAGGCCGUGGGUGUACAGUGAAGUUGUGAAUGUCUGUGCUUGAUCUCAACUUUCCACAGCUCGUAUAUUUCAACACCUGCAUCAGUGGGAGAUCUUUUGUUGUGGGAAUUUGUAGUGAAGAAAAGCACACCGAACAAGAAGAUGGAGUUGGUGGUUGGUGCUUCAGAAGCAACCAUGAAAUCUCUCCUGGGCAAGCUUGGUGGCCUUCUCGCCCAGGAGUAUUCUCUGAUCAGGGGGGUUCGUGGUGACAUCCAGUACAUCAGUGACGAGCUUGCCAGCAUGCAGGCCUUCCUCCGCGACCUGAGCUCUGCACCUGAAGGGCAAGACAACCGGAUGAAGGACUGGAUGAAGCAGAUCCGUGACAUGGCCUACGACUGCGAGGACUGCAUAGAUGACUUUGCCCACCGGCUCCCCAAUGAGCCCGUCGUCAGUGAUUUCACAUGCUCAUGGAUAGUCAUUGGAAUCUAUGAGCUCUGGACAUGGUGGCCCCGCCGUGAAAUUGCUUCCAAAAUUGUUGACCUCAAGGUCCGGGCGCAACAGAUUGCCGAACGCCGCAGCAGAUAUGGAGUGAACAACCCAGACCACAACACUAGCAAUAGGCCUGGUGUUCGUGCAGCCACAUAUGACAUUGCUGAACAUCAGGUCGCGGCCCGUCAGCUCAUCGGUAUGAAGGAGCCUGUGGGGGUCGCUACUGACAUGGACAAACUUGAGAAGUGGCUAUCCAAAACUGAUCCUAAUGAGAGAGCUGUUUUGUCCAUAGUAGGAUUUGGGGGUGUGGGGAAGACCACCAUUGCAACAGCAUUGUACAGGAAUGUCAGGAAUGAGUUUGAGUGCCGGGCGUCAGUCACCGUGUCCCAGAACUAUGACCAAGAUGCAGUCAUGAGGAGCAUUCUGAAUCAAGUCAUGCCGCAAGACACAGAUCAAAAGCAGCAAGGCAGUGAGCCAGGAACCCCCGAGGACAAGACACUGGUGGCACAAAUUAGAAAGAAACUGAAUCGAGUUGUGCUGCCAUUAAUCCAAAUUCACAGGCAGCAAUGCAAUGAUGGGAGCUCUGAUGUAAAGCCAAUCAAGAUUGAGACAAUGGACCAUGAUGAACUUGUCAACGAACUGAAAAAGCAACUGGCUGAUAAGAGGUAUCUCCUCUUAAUUGAUGAUAUAUGGUCUGCAAAGACAUGGGAGAGCAUCAGAAUUUGUUUGCCAGAAGAGAAUAAUAGAGGCAGUAGAAUAAUAGUGACUUCAAGGUUUCAAGCUGUUGGUGCUACGUGCUCCCCAAAUGAUAAAAUUGACCUUCUGCAUACAGCUGAUUUUCUCACUGGUGAUGAGUCCAAGAGAUUAUUCGUUCAAGGUGUUUCUGAAUCCAAAAGCAGCAAAAAUAAUGAGAUAGUUCAGAACCAUGUCCCUGAAGAGAUUUGGAAAAUUUGUGGGGGCUUGCCUUUGGCCAUAGUCACCAUGGCUGGCCUAGUUGCCUGCAACCCAAGCAAACACAGUGAUGAUUGGAAAAAAGUCUGCAAAUCAUUAUUUCCAGAACCUGUGACUUCUCUUACUUUAGAUGGGGUUACAAGGAUACUUGACUGUUGCUACAAUGAUUUGCCUGCAGAUCUCAAGACCUGUUCAUUGUACUUGAGCAUAUUUCCAAAGGGUUGGAAAAUUAGCAGGAAGCGGUUGACCCGGCGAUGGAUAGCUGAAGGUUUUGUUAGUGAGAAACAAGGGUUGACAGAGGAGGAAGUUGCAGAGACAUAUUUUAAUCAGCUCACAAGAAGAAAGAUAAUACGUCCUGUGGAGCACGGUAGCAAUGGGAAAGUAAAAACCUUUCAAGUUCAUGACAUGGUCCUUGAAUAUAUUGUGUCCAAGUCGAAUGAAGAGAAUUUUAUUACUGUAGUAGGUGGCCACUGGAUGAUGCCAGCACCUAGCAAUAAAGUCCGUCGACUUUCAAUGCAGAGCAGUGGUUCCAAGUCAGGAAAUUCAACAAAAGGUAUGAACUUGUCUCAGGUUCGAUCACUGACCAUUUUUGGGAGCCUGAACCAAUUGCCAUUUCAUUCAUUCAAUAAUGCAAUAAUACAAGUGCUCGAUCUUGAGGGCUGGAAGGGGUUGAAAGAGAAACAUCUGAAGGACAUAUGUAACAUGCUUGUCCUGAAGUAUUUGGGCCUUCGACGGACAGAGAUUGCCAAAAUUCCCUCGAAGAUUGAAAAGCUUGAGUAUUUGGAAGCUCUUGACAUCAGAGAGACAAAUGUUAGGGAGCUUCCCAAGGCUGUAGGGCAGCUAAAACGAAUCAGUAGCAUACUUGGUGGAAAUAAAAACCCAAGGAAGGGGUUGAGGCUGUCUCAAGAAAAAAGUAAAGACCCAAGGAAAAGUAUGUUGCCACAGGAAAAAAGUAAGGAUGGAAUGAAAGCACUCCGUGUACUGUCUGGAAUUGAGAUCAUUGGCGAAUCAACAGCUGUAGCAGGCCUUCAUCAGUUGACUGGAUUAAGGAAGUUUGCCAUCUAUAAGCUUAGCAUAAAUAAGGAUGGUGACACAUUCAAAGAGUUACGCUCCUCUAUUGAGUACCUUGGCAGCUGUGGAUUGCAAACUCUGGCAAUAAAUGAUGAAGGUUCUGAUUUUAUCAACUCCUUGGACACCAUGUCUGCACCUCCAAGAUACCUUAUUGCCCUUGAGCUGUCCGGAAUGUUAGAAAGGCCCCCACAGUGGAUGAGUAAACUGCAUAUGCUGAACAAGUUAACCCUGUCGUUAACAGUUCUCCGGACUGACACUUUGGAGCUCAUCUGCGCCCUGCCGUCAUUGUUUUCUCUCACCUUUUCUCUGAAUGCAGUGAAUCUUGACGAGGACACACAGGAGAUCCUCGAGAAGAACAAAGAACAGUCUGAUGGGGAGAUAUUUGUCCCUGGUGGAUUCCCAAGUCUGAAGCUGCUCCGCUUCUUUGCCCCUCUUGUGCCAAAGCUAGGUUUCAGCGACAAUGCGAUGCCAUCGCUGGAGAUGAUUGAUAUGAGGUUUUGUGCCUUUGAAGGUUUGCUCGGCAUUGACACCCUAGAAAAUCUCAAAGAGGUGCAUCUCAGAGUUAAUGACCAAGCAGAUGAAGCAACCAAGUUCUUUGUUGAUGAUCUGAAGAAUAAUGGCCAUGGACUGAAGGUAAUUGUUGAUCAUGUCGUCACUGCUUGAAAUGGCAAGAUAUUGGUGCCGCCCAGAGCUCUUUCCAAUUCACUGACACAUGCUCUGUUGAUUUGGAGUGGGUAGUUUCUUAUUACCAAAUAUAUGAUAUUCAUGUUUGAUAAAUAAAUAAAUAAAUAGGGAUGGACAAAGUAUGCAUUCACAUCCCAUGGUAUUGUGCUCCGCUGCUGGAAUUUAUUUGGUUUUCCCCUUUAUGUU